UAAAAAGAAAUCAAAAUGGAAGAAUCUAAGAUAGAAACUCAAAAUACUAGUGGACUUGGCAGCCUAGAUACAGAUUUGCUUGAACAAGCAAAAGAAAUGGAUUUCCCAUUCAAAGAGAAUACCGGUAAAGGAAAAAGCUUAAUCAGGAUCGUGAGGGUAGAUAACCCAGUUUUUCGCAACAUCUCUUGAGUAGAUGUCAGCAUCAAUGCUAGCGGACCUGAAGAGGACAGAAUCUAUGCGUUACAUCCAGAAUUUGAAAAGAAUAUUAGAAGAGGAAAUACUUACUUAGAAACAUAUGACAGAUACGACCCAAACCUAUUCAAAGAAACUAUCUGUGCGAGGAAAGGCUUAAUGAAGUUCUACGAUCUCAAGGUAGAGUACUGACUCGAUGAUACUCGAUUCCUAAAUAUUUCAACAAAGAAAAAUAUCAAAUCCAAAGAAGCAAUGACUAUCGAAAGCAACCUUAGGAACUACAUCUUCGCUAAAGCCAUAGAUGAGCUUAACAAGGAUGCAUAUAUUGAAGUAAUAAAGUCACUCAAGAUCAACGGAGAAAACGCUCAGAUCUCCUGGGUCCAACAAGAGUCAGCAUGGUGUAUCGCUUCCAAAAAUGUGGGAAUACUCGCCAACAGAGUUGAAGAUCUUAAAAGGUACCCACAUGAAGAAGGUUCCAGGUACAAGUAUGCUCUCAAGAUUGCUCAUUGCUGGUUCAAGAUCAUCAAAAAGUUGGGAGGCAAGAAGAUCUCCUUUGCUAAGCUCCAAAAGACUCUUUCUGGGAAGACACUUGUCGGAGAAUAUGUGGGAAACCAAAAAGAGCAGCAUAUUGUCAAGUAUAACAAAGAGACGAUAAUCUUCUAUGCUGUAACAGAGAACAACUCCUCCAAGAAUUGUCUUUUGCCAGAAGAAAGUUAUAAAAUAUUCAAGGAAUUUGACCUCGAGUGCGCUCCCGUUGAGACCAUCGGCACUUUUGACUGCAUAGAUUCCCUAUCAGAGGCUCUCAUGCAUGAAUACGAUAAUGUCGCAGCAGGAUCUAUCCAAAACGAAGAAGAAGGAGCAGUCAUUUACAUGGUAUCACGAGGUAUUAAAGAUGAACAAGUAAUCUCCCUUUGUAAACUCAAGAGCAUUGAGUACAGAAUCUUUAGAAAACUUAGAGAAAAGCUCAGAAAUUUCUGGAAAAAGCAUGAAAAUGCUCCUGGAUGGACCCCAGCACUUAAAGAGCAGUAUGAUCAAACUUAUGAUAAAUUUGUAAAAGAAUGCAAAGAUCUAAUCAAGGAUAAAAAGUUUCCUCAAGGACUAAAAUUCUACGAGUCAUUUGCAGAUAGAGCAUUUAUUGCUACACUCAAAAAUCCGAAAUUUUAUCAAAAUCUCGUGGAAAGAUAUGCUACUUUCCUCCAAGAUAUUACAAAAGGCAUGGAAGAAGAUCAUACACUAUUCGUUUCCAGGGUCUUCGAGAAAAAUGAUAAGAAGAGUUAUGUCAGACCUAAAAGUAUCAAAGCUGAUAAUAGCAGUUGGAAGAAGAGAAAAAUCAACAGUUCUUACUUUGGACCUAAGAGCAUGAAAGAAGAAAUUAAGGAAUCUCAGAAAAACUUAAAGAAAAGUCAAACUAGCAUCAGAAACAAUAAAGCAGACAAGGAAGAUAAAACAAAGAAAAUAACAAAGUCGAGCCAUAAAGAAAACAGAGAAAAAGAAGAAGUGAAGAAGAUAGAAAAAGUAGAAAAGAAUCAUCAGAGAGAGUCUAAAAAUAGUAUGAGAAAGAAUCCCCCGAGUAAUCCAACAGAACAGAAAACCCAUCACAUCCAAGAAUCUAAAUCUUACUCCUCUGCUAAACCCAGCCAAGCACGCCAAACUCACCACAAGCAACCCGAAACCCACCAAUCCGAAAUCAAGCAGUGCAAGUCCCUCACUUUCCUGUUGCCAAUGACAAUUCCAGGCACUGGCAAGACCGCGCUCAAACAAGCCAUUGCCGAGCAGCUUGAGAGCUCAGACAGCCAGAUCAAGCUGCUUCAUCUGUCGAGCGAUGACAUCAGAGCAGAGUUGAUCGAAGCCAGAAUGCAAGAACUCGGAGAAGACAGAGACACCGCAUUCAGUGUCACUGCCAAGCCGGCGAAGACCCAGUUCGACCAGCGUCUCUCAGAGAUUGUCACAGAAGUUAUUCAAGACAAUGACCACACAGGGUUUGCAGUCUUUAUUGACAAGAACAUUCUUCCGAACCAGUUCUCUGGACUCAAAAAACAGCUGACCGAUUUCACCAGAAGACUGACAGCAGAGGACGUCCAGUCAUCGAUCACUUUGCUGCUGCCUCACUGCAAACAAGCUUUGAGCUUUAGAACAGCAAGCAGAGAUGCUCCGAAUAAUUCUCAUCCAUUUUCAUACAACUACUUGUUGCAGGCAUACAUGAGGUGUUGUCACAGACAAGACCACCCGACUAUUCAGCGUAGUGGAGAUCCUCUCAAAGAAGUCAGAAUCAGCUGUGGGUUUUUCAAACAAUUUGCGGCCACAGAGUUCAGCGAGCAAGCUGGUAAGAUCGUUUGUACAGACAGAGCCACUGGAGCAGAACUUCAGUUCGACAACAAAGUUGAAGUGAGUUUUACUGAAGAAAGCCAUGAGUUCCAGCCACCACAAGCUUUCAUUGAUGUGGUAGAUCAGAUUGUGAGUGCAGACCAGAAAGAGUUGGAAGAUGACAGGCUGUAUCAACAGUUUUACGAAUGUGUGAAGUUCUAUCAAAAACUCUUCAAUUUCGAAUCUGGCAAAUGUAACACAGUAGAUGCUCUCAACGUGAUCAACAGUAUCCCAUCCAAAGGACCUCUUAUUCAAAAAAAAGCUACUGUCCCCACUCAAGUAACAGCCUCAUCCCCAGCCCCUACCAAGAAACCCAAUAAGCUAGUCCCCCAAGUUGAAACACUCACAGAAACAGUUACAAACACGACUAGCCAAAAUUUCCAGAAAUCCAGCUAUAGUACCAAACAGGAAGAGAACAAUGAUGGAUUAGAAGAAGAGGAAGAGAAGAUACCGAUGACUAAGAAAGCACCCACAGAACCAGAGUAUGACGACGAUGGGUUUAAAAUAGUCUCUGAAAAGGACCACACAAAAGUCAUUGACAAGCAAAAGAAGUACGAGGAAAAAGAAAAGGCUAAAGCUGAGUCUAAGGCCAAGAGCAAGCCUAAAAGAGGGUCUAACAGAAAUCGUCAGGGUCAUCGCGGUUCCUAUAGGGGCGGGAGACGUGGUGGAAGAACUCCUGGGCGUCCAAACCCUUCAACUCGUGGAUCUAGACAAGGAGGCAUGGCUCGUUGGUAGAUGAGCUUGUAGAAGCAGGCUCUCAGAGCUCAGCCAAAUCUCCCAACUUGAAGUCAAAUAA